AUGAAAUUUUCAAUUUCCAUUGCAGCCUUAAUGGCCGUGGCAGCAGCUCUUCCUGCUCCAGUUGUCACUGUAGUCCAAGUAACCACAGAAGUUGUCAACGAAGACGGAUCACUUUAUACCAGCACACCAGUAGUCGCAAGCGCUGCCCCAGCAGCUGCUACAACUGCAGCAGCAGCAGCAGCUUCUUCCUCAUCUUCAUCUGGUUCUGGAUUACUUUCUUGGCUCAAAGGUGUUCUUGGUGAUUACUUGGACGGAGACGAUGAAGCUUCUGCAACAACUCCGGCAGUUGCCGCAGCAGCCGCCACGACUUCCAGUGCUAUUGCCUAUGCUGCUCUACUUGAAAGCACGUCCUCAUCGCCAGUUGCGUAUGCUGCAACCUCAGCAGCUUCUGUUGCUGCUCAGUCAACAAGUGCUGCUACAGUUGCAACAUCUCAGGCUACCUCGACAUCAUCUUCAUCAGACCUCUAUGCUGAUAUCUACAAAUCUUCCGGAAUUGACGAGACUUUCGCUAAGGAUAUCUUAGAUGCUCACAAUGAAAAGAGAGCACUUCAUUCAGCCCCAGAUCUUUCUUGGGAUCUUGACGCUUACAAUUAUGCCCAAAAUUAUGCAGAUGCUUACGACUGUUCAGGAGUUUUAACUCAUAGUCAUGGACCGUACGGUGAAAACUUAGCUGCUGGAUUCAAAGAUGGCCCUUCCGCACUUGAAGCAUGGUACGAAGAAGGAGCUACUUACAAUUACGCUGCUGGCAAUACUUACGAUCAUUUCACUCAAGUUGUUUGGAAAGAUACAACCAAAGUUGGUUGUGCUUACAAGGACUGUUCCUCUAAUAACUGGGGCUUAUACAUUAUAUGUUCAUAUGAUCCAGCUGGAAAUGUUGUGGGAGAGAGCGCUGCUAAUGUUUUAGCAACAUAA